UCGUGUUGUCACGCUGGCUACCAGGUGCUGCUCUCUGCCUCCUGUAGCCUCUUGGAAGCCGUUCCCGGAGUCAGAUGCGAUAAUGGCGUAGAAGAGUGCAAACGUCGUGUGUGCGUGUCGUGUCGUACCAUCACGGAUGUCUUCCAGCCGCCUCUGAACGCCAGCAGCCCUCGCGAACGAUGUGCGCCGCCCCCAUGUGAACCUCGUCGUACCUGUCUCUCUGUUGUUAAUAUAAAUUAUUGUGUGUUUGUGUUGUUGUUGUUUGUUGUUGUGUACCUGCAUUGUUAAUGCCAUGACGAACGUCGGAUGUGUCUUGCUUGCAGCUUUACUAUUAGGGUCAGCAAAGACGGGUCACGGGGCGGAGAUCGCCAUCCACAUUCCAGGAAACCUGGGCCAAGAAGGGGCCAUAUACCGCCUGGACUACUACCCCCCCUUCGGCCACCCGGCCCCCAACACAACCAUAGCUUCCAAGGACAUCCGCGACGUGAUAAAAUUCUCUCAAGUACUCCCCGGGACCAAGUACGACUUCUGGCUCUACUACACAAACUCAACACAUAAUACUCUCACGUGGACUGCCAACUUCACCACCGUGCCCGAUCCACCCUCGAACCUCUCCAUCAACAUCCGCAGCGGAAAGUCCGCCAUCGUCUCCUGGAACCCCCCGGCCCGAGGGGGCUACUCCAACUUCAAGCUAAAAAUCAACUCGCUCAACAACGUGCCAGAGGCCAAACCGCAAAUCCUCACAAUCGACAACAUAGAGAAUACCUCCUACUUACUCAAAGAACUGACACCCGGAGCUACGUACCAAGUCCAAGCGUCCACCGUCUUCGAAAACAAGGAGAGUGCGGCGUAUACAUCGAGGAACUUUACUACAAAACCCAAUACCCCAGGGAAAUUUAUCGUUUGGUUCCGCAAUGAAACCACGCUCCUUGUGCUGUGGCAGCCCCCUUACCCUGCCGCUAUCUACACACACUACAAGGUCUCGAUUGACCCCCCGGACGCCAACGAUAGCAUCCUCUACGUCGAAAAAGAGGGUGAGCCGCCAGGGCCGGCCCAAGCCGCUUUUAAGGGGUUGGUACCCGGGCGGGCCUACAACAUCUCGGUUCAAACUAUGUCAGAGGAUGAAAUUUCGGCCCCCACGACGGCGCAGUACAGGACCGUACCGCUCAAACCGGCCAAAAUCACCUUCAAUUCGCACUUGAUCACGCCCUAUUCGUUCGUGGUGAACUGGGAGGAGCCUAACGGGAAAAGCGAAUUUGACAAAUACCACGUGUUCCUGGGUCCGGCUAAGAGCAAGCAACAAAUCACGAAACUACGUGAAGAACCGACGUUUGUGGAGUUCCGGGAUAACCUAGAGCCCGGGAAGACUUACACAGUUACCGUGAAGACCGUAUCGGGGAAAGUGUCGUCGUGGCCGACGGCAGCCGAUGUCACUUUAAAACCUCUCCCCGUCUCUAAUUUACGUUCACACACUGACGACAAAAACGGAAUCGUCAACAUAUCGUGGACUCCGAAUCCUAACAGUUACCAAGACAACUACAUGGUGUCGUACCAUGAGGUGGAAAGUUCGACCGGGGAUAGCAACAACGUCAAGACCAACAACCAGACUGAACUAACCCUUGAUACGCUUCUCCCGGGUCGCAACUACUCCAUCAUAGUACAAGCUUUAUCCAAAGACAUGGAGUCCAACGAGAGUUAUCUGUACGUGGUGACGCAACCGAGCGCCCCUAUUAUCGAGGACCUGCGACCUAUAGUGGACGGACUUAACAUCAGUUGGAAGAGCGACGUCAACUCGCGCCAGGACAAGUACGAGCUGCACUGCGUCCGGAAUGACACGAACGAGGGUCUAGUACGAACCACCUACGACUCGCGCAUAGUCCUCACGAGUUUGUACCCCGGCGCGGGGUACUUAGUCAAGGUUUUCGCGAUUUCGCACGGUUUGAAGAGCGAGCCGCACGAGUACUUCCAACCAGUGUUUCCGCGGCCGCCGAAGAACAUGACGAUCGAGAAAACGAGCCCGAAUUCAGUGUUGGUUCAAUGGGAGGCCCCUACAGACUCUUUGAUCUCGGAAUAUGCUAUUCGGUACCGCACUGAUAGUAACCGGAACUGGGUGCGGCUGCCUGCAGUCCAGAAUACUGAGGCUGAAGUGACUGAUAUGACCCCUGGGGAGCGCUACACCAUCCAGGUCAAUACCGUGAGUUAUGGUCUGGAAAGUAGUGAACCCCAGCAGAUGAAUCACACGGUGCGGCCUAAUCCAGUUUCGAACAUCGCGCCUCUGGUGGACUCGAACAACGUCACUCUCGAGUGGCCACGGCCUGAAGGCAGGGUCGAAACGUACGUAGUCAGGUGGCGGCAAUCGUCGAACUCGUCGCAAGACAUCAACACUAAGAACGUGAGUCAGAGUGAGAACGGCACGGGAUUGGUGCGUCUACUGAUCAACGAUUUGAUGCCUGGGGAGGAGUAUACGUUUGAUAUACAGGCGAUUUCCAAUGGUUUAGAGAGUGAGGUCACUGUAUUAAGAACACGGACGAUGCCUUUAAUCCAGUCCGAAGUGGUCGUGGUCACCAAUCAACAAAAAACCGACACUUUGAGCCUACGCUACACCCCGACACCUCGCGCGUCGUCAAAGUUCGACUUCUACCGAUUCUCGUUGUCGGAACGGGACAUCCCCGACCAAGAAAAAACCGAGAACGAUACAGACCGAUUUGUCACGUUCACGGGUUUGGUGCCUGGGCGACUUUACAACAUUACUGUGUGGACGGUGUCGCAAAAUGUGGCCAGUCAACCGCUGCAGCGCCAGGAUCGACUAUACCCCGAGCCCAUCACUAGCAUCAACGCCACGUCGAUCUCCGAUACCGAAAUAACCCUAUCGUGGGACUCCCCCAAAGGGGACUACAUCGCGUUCGAAAUCAACUACCUCACGUUUGAAGGUACCCUGGUCCAUAACUUCACGUCGCAGAACUCCAUCACGAUCUCGUCGCUCAAACCCCACCAGAACUACACCUUCACGGUGAUGGUGCGCAGCGGCACCGAGUCCAGUAUUUUGCGCCAAUCGCUUCCGGUGUCCGCGAUUUUUCCGACGAAGGAGUCGGUUCCGGGGCGCGUCGAGCGCUUCGAGCCCGUCGACGUCCAACCCAGUAGCAUCACCUUCGAGUGGUCGCUACCCCCGACGGAGCAAAACGGCGUCAUCAGGAAGUUCACCAUCACGUACGGCCUUGAAGGCUCGUCCAAUACCCAAGGACGCGACUUCAAACCCCACGAGUUCACCGGUGUCAUCAAACAGUUGUUGCCUGGAAAGACCUACGUCUUCAGGAUUCAAGGACAGACGAAGGUGGGUUUCGGGCCCGAGCGCACCUGGAAGCAACGAAUGCCAAUACGAGAGCCACCGAUUCCGAGUUUCCGGGCUGUCCCGACUGAAGUCCGUCGCAGCUCAACCACCAUCCAGAUCCGCUUCAGGAAGAACUACUUCAGCGACGCCAACGGCCCCGUCACCACCUACGCGAUUAUAGUGGCUGAAGACUUCUCCAAGAACGCGUCGGGUCUAGAGAUGCCUAGUUGGCGCGACGUUCAAGCCUACUCCGUCUGGCCGCCGUACCAAGUCUCGGAACCUUACUACCCGUUCUUCAAUAGCUCGGUGGAGGACUUCACCAUAGGCGCGGAGAGCUGCGAUAUCCGGCAAGUUGGGUACUGCAACGGGGCGCUGAAGAGCGGGUCGACGUAUAGAGUGAAGAUUCGAGCUUUUACGGCUCCUGAUAAGUUCACCGACACCAGUUACAGCUUUCCGAUUCAGACAGACCAAGACAACACCAACAUAAUACUCGGCGUGCUCAUCCCGCUGGUCCUCUUCGCCAUCCUCUUCCUCGUCAUCAUCUACAUCCGGCGGCGGCGCUCCGCCCGCAAGGCCACCGACACCCGGACCAAUGACAACAUGUCCCUCCCCGACUCCGUCAUCGAGACCUCGCGCCCCGUCCGAAUCGAGAACUUCGCCAACCACUACCGGCUGAUGUCCGCCGACUCGGACUUCCGCUUCAGCGAAGAGUUCGAGGAGCUGAAGCACGUGGGUCGGGACCAACCCUGCACGUUCGCCGACCUGCCCUGCAACCGACCCAAGAACAGAUUCACCAACAUCCUGCCCUACGACCACUCGCGCUUCAAGCUGCAGCCGGUGGACGACGAGGAGGGCUCGGACUACGUCAACGCCAACUACGUGCCGGGGUACAACUCGCCGAGGGAGUUCAUCGUGACGCAAGGACCUCUCCAUUCCACUCGAGACGACUUCUGGAGGAUGGUGUGGGAGUCCAACUCAAGGGCUAUUAUUAUGUUGACGCGAUGCGUGGAGAAGGGGCGGGAGAAGUGCGAUCAUUACUGGCCGUACGAGUCGAUGCCGGUGUACUACGGGGACAUUUCGGUGCAGAUUUUGAACGAGACGAGGUAUCCCGAUUGGAAUAUUUCGGAGUUUAUGGUGUGCAGGGGUGACCAGCAGAGGGUGAUUCGCCACUUCCACUUCACCACGUGGCCGGACUUCGGCGUCCCUAACCCCCCUCACACCCUGGUUAGGUUCGUGCGGGCGUUCCGGGAGCGGGUAGGCCCGGACCAGCGACCCAUCGUGGUACAUUGCAGCGCCGGGGUGGGCCGCUCGGGCACGUUCAUCUGUCUGGACCGCAUCCUGCAGCAGAUCCUCGUGUCCGACUACGUCGACAUCUUCGGCAUAGUGUACGCCAUGCGCAAGGAGCGCGUCUGGAUGGUCCAGACCGAGCAGCAGUACAUUUGUAUCCAUCAGUGCCUUCUGGCCGUCCUGGAGGGCAAGGAGCUGUCGGGUUCGCCGCGCGAGAUCCACGAGAAUCAGGGUUUCGAAGAAAUGGUAACUCAGUUGUUUAGUCGAUGUAAAAAGCUGCUAUUCUGUGGUUCAGGCAAGGGUGUUGGUGGAAGCGGCGCUGUUGGGACUUCUUUAGGGACGGGGGAGAAGGAAAGAUGACGAAGGAAUAGCAGAAUCUGGGAUGUGAUAAAGCUCCGUACCGGCAAGAAGCAAUAAGCAUUGUAUAAAUAGAAGUAGAUUUGUUACAUAUAUUUUAUUAUGUAAGCGACUAUAGAUUUGAUAUUAUAUAACUAAUUGUACAGUAUUUCCACUUUUUUAAGAAGUGACAUUUCUUUGAGAGUGACGCAUCUGGCGCAAUCAUUCCUGUUCAUCGGUGCCAGACAAAGUAGCCAUACCUCUGAGUGCAAUUUUUUCAUAAAGUUGCACAACAGAUUUUCCGCUCUGUCAUUGUCCGUACUUUAUGUUCUAUCAUUAAUUUAAAAAUUACCGUUCUGUGAUAUAAUGAUUCGGUUUAGUGUAAUUUUUUUAACGAAAGAGAAAAACCUUUAUAUCCAUAGCGAAUAAAUAACCCGCUUUGUACUUAAACCAGAUUAAAGUCUAUUUUAUUUGAA